GAAGUGAGCAGAUAGCAGAGAGAAGGGAGGAGAUUAGAGACAGGACCGAGCUGAAGAGAGAUCAGAGAGCACGAAACGGGAGCCUAGGAGUUUAGACGCGAGAGGGGAGAGAGAAGCGAGUAGCGUAAGGCCGAGCUGACUAGCGCAGCAAGCGCAUCUGCUUGUUGCCUGCUGGUCUAGCGGCAAACUGUCCUGCACGUUGCGUGAAAACCACCCACACAAACCGUCCGUUUUUUCUCGCCUGCAGAUCACCGACGGGGUGACUCUGCACGCCGCUCGUCCUCUCGGACAGCUUCCGACAGAAGGCUUUGCAGCAUGGAGAUAGAUUCAAGGGGGUCUGACAAUGAGCAGCCUGGGGGUUCCGAUGGUGAGCAGCGACAACAAGAGCCGGGGAAGAUGGAAGAUGGAAACCCCGCCUCUUCUUUUACCAUGAAUGAGCAGCGACAACACGAGCCGGGGGACAUGGGAGUUGAAAACCCCGCCUCUUCUUUCACCUUGAAUGAGCAGCGACAGCAAGAGCCGGGGGAGAUGUUGGAACAGAUCGAAACGAUUGAAACGAAUGAGACGAUGCGGAAGGUACAAGAAGAGGCGGUGGCAGAAGAGGUGGAGGGGGGUUAUCUGCUGCUUAAGGUACCAACGCACAACUCCCUGCAGUUGAAUCACACUUCCAUGGUUACCUUGUCGCGCGACUCCAUCGCACUCCCUCGAUACAGUAUCGAUCUGGGCCUGUCGAAGCAGUCUGCCGUUUCAGAAUCGAACGAGUCCUCGCCGCUAUCACGGUCGUUAUCAGACCGUCACCGUCACUGUCAACACCCGGCGUUGUAUGUCAGCCGGAUGUGAAAGUUGCCGUCGACGUUUCAGGCGAAUUCAUAGGGAGUCAUAGGGAGACUACUAUCAGCCCUGAUGCCGUCGGUUCUGCCUCUGCCGCCGCCGUUGCCUCUGCUGCCGUCGAGCUGCAUUCCUUAAAGCGCAGAGCUGACGACGGCAGUGGAUCUCCGCCUCCGCCGCCGUUUCCGCCUCCGCCUCCGCCGUCCGCGCUGACCACGGCGGAGCUCAUGGCCGCGCUGCAGCUCGCGCAGACCCGCGCAAGAACCGCGGAGGAGUCGCUCCGCGCGCUGGAGCAGGCCGUGCGAGGGAGAGGAGCGGGGGAAGCGUUGAGUAGCGCAACGGACAAUCUGCAGCCGGUGUUUGAUGGACUUAGAAAAAUCCAUGAAUCUGAGGCCCGGAGUUGGAAACAAGAGGUUGGGGAACAGCCUGGUUUGGAAAGGGAAGAGGAAGCGCAACGUGGUAGCAGGGACAGGGCUUGUAGUGAAGCAGGGAUUCAGAAGGGCGAAGGAAACAGCAUUGCAUGGGUGGAGCAGGUGUGUGACAACAGCAGAGGUGACAAUAGCAGAGGCGACGACGGGAGCAGUGAGAAUGUGGGGCGCGGCCGACCAGGAGGCUGGUCUCUUAACCCCUGUCGAGCGGAGCUUCCAGGAACGGGAGACAGGUUCCCUUCUAGCGGCGCUGGCCGAUGGCCUGCUGACGUCGACGAGCUGCGGGAGGGUCUGAGAAAGGCAACGGAGCUUGCCACAUGGCAGAAGCAGCGGGAUCAGGGAGGUUGGCGAGACCACUGGGAGGAUGAGGAGCCACGGGAGCCCUGGGAGGGACCGUUACAGAGAACACAGGAUCACUCUGUUACUAUCAACGUAGCUGGACUUGGUGUUACUUCCCUACUUCCUUCCGUACCUCCUUCCCUACCUCCUUCCGUACCUCCUUCCGUCGCACCUACCGUACCUCGUCCCAUACCUCCUCCGCAGCUGCAGUCACCUCCUGCUGACCUGUCGUCUGGCCAUCUGACCCUCCGUCUUCGACCAGGUCGCCUGUCCGCGCUGUCUCGCGUGCAUGCCUUGGCUCCUGGCUUCAACCCCUACCACCAUGCUCGGCCGUGCUAUGCUUAUCACCGUCCCGCAUUCCACACUGCCCCCUCGCCUCUCCCGUCCCAUGCAACUCUCAUGUCUCUGAAUGCCCUGACUGCUCCUUUGCCCGUACUUGCCAAUUCAGCCACCUCCUCUUCCUCCGCUGCUUCCGGAUUCUCUUCCCCGAUUCCCUCCACUUCGGUGCCGAAAUGUUUUCCAGACAUAGUUGCAGGUUCGCCAUUUUCUGCUGCUCCGACUGCUCCGUCUGCUGUAUUUGCAGCACCAGCAACAGAUGCUGAAGCAUUUCCUGCGAAUGCUUCAGCUGCGCAGCCAGCUGGGCGUAGCCUCACUUUCCCGGCUUCGCCUGCCCUCUCUUCUACGUCCAGCUCAUCCCACACUUUCCACUCCUCUCUCUCACACUCCUCCACCGUGGUUCCCUCCUCCUCCUCCCUCUCCUCCUCUUCCAUUCCGUUUGUGACACCCUGCUCCUCAUGCACCAGUUCCAUUCAAUUCCACUCUGGCUUGACAUACCAGUGCCACCAACCCUCUCAAGCAGCCUCCUCUACCCCUCACAGAAAGUCUGUGUGGAGAUCUUGUGCCAGUCAACAUCCCUCGCUUUUAUCGAGCCUGCUGAAUGCGCUGUCCCGCUUUGUCCGCCGGUCUCUUGUCCUUCCGCAGCUGCUCUUGAGGAUCCAUUACUCGUUUCUCAUCCCACACCUUCUUGGUUACACGUUCAAGCAGUUUUACGCCUCGCAAUCAUGUGAGCUGGAGGAAUCCUUGUACGAGUUACGGGGGAAUGUUUGUGACGAAGCAGGGGAGUUACCUCUGGCAAAUAAAAGGGGGGGCAUUAUGAGCUCCCCUAGAGAUUGGGAGGAGAUAGGGGUAUUAGAGGACGAAGAUUCUUGGUCGAUUGCAUGGCUAGUUCAAGUCGUUCUUGCCAUGGAAGGUGAUGGUUAGGUCGGCAAUAAGGUUUGCCGAUUCAUUGCGUAAAAUUUUCACGAAAGUU